AUGUACAUCGCGGAACAAGGUGGACGACAUGCGUUAAGCACCAAGGCAGCCGGUGACGAAACCGAGAGCUACACUGCCGACCUCGUCAAGCCUGUCAUCAAAGAACUCCAGACCCAGAUCACCACCAUUAUCGCCAACGAGACUGCACCAGCUCAGCUGAACACAUACUCGAGCAAGACUUCAGAAUCUGUCACAAACUACAACCUCAGUCGUCUUGGAGACAAAGAAGCAGACCGAAAGGUGUUCGCUGCUCCCAAUAAAGGGAUACCUGCAGUGCUUGUGGCCACAGAAACAACAGAGAAGGGUGUGAUCUCAACAACUGUUCUUCGCCGUGACGACAGUGUUCACCAAGAGGCUAUACUUGUCGACGAAAAGCGUUAUGGAGGAGCAGUACAGCUGUCGACGAAAUCAGCCAGCGAUGUCAGUUCAACCAUGGGUGGCACUCUGCUCUGUCCGCGACCUACUGAUCUGUCCGCCCAAAAAGUGGUAAUAAUAGGAAACAGUGUCAGUCCAAUCAAGCUCAACACUCUGGCUAGUAUCGAGGAAAUCCGUGUCGUAGAAAAAGAAUGGACUCGUCCAGCUCCGCAAUACACCGUAGCAAGGAAGCUUGAUGCUCCAAACACAGACUCUUCUGUGGUUACACUUAGAGAAGCAGGCGAUAACCACGAAACAACCAACUGUGCAUAUAAUCGUGACUACGAUGAGGAACAAGUUGCAAGGACAAUGAACGAGAAGAGGAAUGGCGGAGCGGUGGCCUUGAACACCAAAUAUAGCCGCGAGUGCUCUUCUGAGUCGGACGAUACGCUUGUCGCUACACCUACACUUUCAACGUUUGCAUCCAGCACAGAGAUCCAAACCGUCAACGAGGUGUGGAACAAGCCGGACAGCCGCGAAGAGCAGACCAUCAUUCUCAAGAAAGCGAACAUUGGUGAACACACGAUGAUGACAGCCGGAGAAACAAGCGACGUUAUUGAGAACAUCAUUAUCCAGCUGCAUAGGAAGAGUGAAAGAGCGGACAGCGCUCUGACACGAUUCAUACCGUACACAAUCGAGCCAACAGCUGUCUCAACGAAAUCUUCAGAAGAGUCCUAUGUUAGCAUUGAUUCCAGCCUUCAAAGCAUGGAAACCUUCGAGAUGGAUGCAUCGAUCGUCAUUACAGAUCGCAAUACCGCUGAAUCCCCUAGCCUGUAUUGCGGAUGCUCUAAAGAAGCAUCCACAUCAGGUGUAUUUAACCUUAGUCGUCUUGGUGAUACUCAGACAGUCAGAGAGAUGAAGGAGGCGGCAAAUCGUGGCCCAAGUAUAGCAGUAGAAAUGCGCGAAUCAACCUUGGUAUCUGAAAUUACAACUCUAGUCUACGAACGCGAUGAAAGUACGGCGUUCAUUUCAGAAACUAUUCUCAUACCGAGAGAAGGCGGCAAAUAUCUGCUAUCGACUGGACAUGCUUCUGAAGAAACAGCACGAAUCGAUAACGAUUGGACGAAGAAACGCGUGGACGUACUUGAAGCCAACAUCACGAAGGUUCUACGCAACGAGGAAGGACCGAUCGAGCUGUUCGCGUCUGCCACAGAAGACAGUGCUGUUGGCGUCACCAGCCAGUUGCAGAAGAGUUCGCAGGUCGAAGCAACGAUGACGAAGAGAGAUGCUCCACACACGUGGGAGAACCAGCUGUGA